AUGGGUUCCCUGUGGAGCUGGUGGACGCUCUGGGCCGGAGCAACCCUCCUGUGGGGGUUGACCCAGGAGGCCUCUGUGGGCCUCGGGACCACUGCAGGCACGGAAUUCCUCACAGCCUUCCUGCAGAACUACCAGCCAGGGUACGACGCAGCCUACCUAAACCUGCUCAUCUCCAGUCUGUCUGAGAGCCCCGCCGCGGUCUCCGUCCUCAGCCGGACAGACAACUCCUUGCAGAAGGUCACCGUGAAGCCUGGGCAGUCGGUCAUGGUCAACAUCAGCUCUCAGGCUGAGAUGAUAGGUAGCAGAAUCUUCAAGCAUGCAGUGGUGGUCCGCUCAGACCAUACCAUUUCCGUACAAGCCAUCAGCAGAAAGCCCAGCACGGCGGAAGUGACAGUGCUGCGACCUGUCACCACCUUGGGCACCAAUUACUUUGUACUCACGGCCCCCAGCUCCUCAGCCAAGAAUCUCAAGGAGUUUGCUGUGGUGGCUGGGGCUGCAGGUGCCUCAGUGAGUAUCCAGCUGAAGGGGCAAGUGACAUUCCAGGGCAAGUUCUACCCAUCGGGCAGUGUCCUGAGUGUGACCCUGGAGCCCUUUGCUGUGGCCCAGCUACAGAGCACGGCUAAUCUCUCAGGGUCCAAAGUCACUUCCAGUGACCCUGUUGCUGUGUUCUCUGGCCACAGCUGUGCCCAUAAACACACGAACUGCAAUUAUGUGGUAGAGCAGCUGCUACCCACAUCCGCCUGGGGCACCCGCUAUGUGGUGCCCUCUCUGGCUUCUCAAGCCCGCUAUGAUCUAGUCUACGUUGUGGCCAGCCAGGCCACAAAGCUGACCUACAACCAGGGGGGCACUGUCGGCUCCCGUGGGCUUCAGUCAGGUGAGGUGGUAGAGUUUGAGAUCCGGCCAUCUCACCCACUCUAUCUGACUGCUGAUGUAGGCAUCCAGGUCUUGCUAUUUGGCACAGGUGCCACAAGGGAUGGAGUGACCUAUGACCCUUACUUAAUCCUGAUUCCAGAUGUGGCGGCCUACUGCCCUGCCUAUGUGGUCAAGACUGUGCCAGGCAUUAAGAGUUUGGCCCUGGUGGUGGCACCAACGAAGGCUACAGAGGGGCUGAGCAUGGAUGGGCAGGUACUAGGGGCCAAGGUCACCUGGACAGCUGUGCCAGGCAGCGAGUUCUCAUAUGCUGAGGUGGACCUCGGUACUGCUGACAAGACCCACAUGGCUGAGGCCACCACUAACUUCGGGCUGAUCACCUUCGGGCUGGCAGAUGCUACGGGCUUCGGGACAGCAGCUGCCUGUGGCCGAACCGUACUCUCGGAAGAGAGCUCCUGCGACAGCGUCAAAUGCAAACGUGGGCAGCGCUGCCAGGUGGCAGGCGGGAAGGCCACGUGCUCGCCGGAGCCCACGGCCACCUGCCGCGCCCAGGGGGACCCCCACUACACCACCUUCGAUGGCCGUCGCUACGACCUGAUGGGCACGUGCUCGUACACCCUGGCCGAGCUGUGCGGCCUGGACCAGAGCCUGCCGGCCUUCAGCGUGGAGGCCAAGAACGAGCACCGCAGCGGCAGCCGCCAAGUCUCCUACGUGGGCUUCGUCACCGUGCGCGCCUACAGCCACGACGUGUCGCUGGCGCGCGGAGAGGUUGGCUUCGCCCGGAUCGACAACCAGCGCUCCCGCCUGCCAGCCUCCCUGAGCGAGGGUCGCCUGCGUGUGUACCAGAGCGGGCUGCGGGCUGUGGUGGAGCUGGACUUUGGUCUGGUGGUCACUUAUGACUGGGACUGCCAGCUGGCCGUGAGCCUGCCUGCGCGCUUCCAAGACCAGGUGUGUGGGCUGUGUGGCAACUACAAUGGUAACCCGGCUGAUGACUUCCUCACACCUGACUGGGAUCAGGCAUCUGACCCUGUGGAGUUCGGCAAGAGCUGGAAGCUUGACGAUGGGGACUACCUGUGCCAGGACGGCUGUCAGAGCAACUGUCCCUCCUGCACCCAGGGCCAGGCCCAGCACUAUGAGAAUGACCGUCUCUGUGGCAUGCUGGCCCGGCUUGAUGGCCCCUUUGCUGCCUGCCAUGCUAGCCUGGACCCCCGACCCUUCCUGGAGAACUGUGUCUAUGAUCUGUGUGUGACCGGCGGGGACCGGCCCAGCCUGUGCCGUGGCCUCAGCGCUUAUGCCCAGGCCUGUCUGGCACUUGGCAUCUCUGUCGGGGACUGGAGGUCACCAGCCAAUUGCCCCCUGUCCUGUCCGGCCAACAGCCGCUACGAACUCUGCGGCCCCGCCUGCCCUGCCACCUGCAACUCAGCGGCGGCGCCGGCCAACUGCUCGGCGCUCCCGUGCGUGGAGGGCUGCGUGUGCCUCCCCGGCUUCGUGUCCAGCGGGGGCGCCUGCGUGCCAGCCUCGGCCUGCGGCUGCACCUUCGAGGGCCGCCUGCUCGCGCCCGGCCAGGAGGUGUGGGCGGACGAACUGUGCCAGCGGCGCUGCACCUGCAACGGCGCCACCCAGCAGGUGCGCUGCCAAGACACACAGGGCUGCCCGGCAGGGGCGCGCUGCGGCGUCCAGAACGGCCUCCUGGGUUGCUACCCCGACAGCUUUGGGACCUGCCUGGCCUACGGGGACCCGCACUACGUGAGCUUCGAUAGGCGGCGCUUCGACUUCAUGGGCACCUGCACGUACCUGCUGACGGGCUCCUGCGGCCAGAACGUGGCGCUGCCCGCCUUCCGCGUGCUAGUGGAGAACGAACAUCGAGGCAGCCAGACCGUAAGCUUCACACGCGGCGCGCGCGUGGAGGCCCGCGGCGUGGUGGUGGCCGUCAUCCGGCAGCACCCCGGAAAAGUGCUGAUGGAUGGUGUCCUUCACUACCUGCCCUUCCAUGCAGCAGAUGGACAGGUUCAGGUGUUCCGCCAAGGCAAUGAUGCUGUUAUCCGCACAGACUUUGGCCUGACCGUCACCUACGACUGGAACGCCCGUGUGACUGUCAAGGUGCCUGGCAGCUAUGCUGGGGCCCUAUGUGGGCUCUGUGGGAACUUCAACGGGAACAAAGGUGACGACCUGACUCUGCGGGGUGGGGGCCAGGCUGCCAAUGCGCUGGCCUUUGGGAACAGCUGGCAGGAGGAGACGAGACCUGGCUGUGGAGCAGCUGAUCCGGGUGACUGUCCCAAGCUGGACUCCCUGGUGGCCCAGCAGCUGCAGAGCAAGAAGGAGUGUGGGAUCAUUGCCGACCCCAAGGGGCCCUUCCGGGAAUGUCAUGGCAAGCUGGAUCCCCAGGGCGUUAUGCGUGACUGUGUGUACGACCUCUGCCUGCUACCAGGCCAGUCUGGGCCACUGUGUGAUGCGCUGGCUACAUAUGCUGCCGCAUGCCAGGCUGCUGGGGCCACCGUGUACCCCUGGAGGAGUAAAGAGCUCUGCCCACCAAGCUGUGCACCCCACAGCCACUAUGAGGCGUGUUCCCACAGCUGCCCACUGUCCUGCGGAGACCUCCCAGUGCCUGGGGGCUGUGGCUCGGACUGCUACGAGGGCUGCGUGUGCGACGAGGGCUUUGCGCUCAGUGGCGAGUCCUGCGUACCCCUGGCCUCUUGUGGUUGCGUGUACCAGGGCACCUACCAUCCACCAGGCCAGACCUUCUACCCUGGCCCAGGCUGUGAGUCCCUCUGCCACUGCCAGGAGGGCGGCCUAGUGUCCUGCAAGCCCUCCACCUGCGGCCCGCAUGAGGCCUGCCAGCCAUCCAAUGGUGUCCUGGGCUGUGUGGCUGUGGGCUCGGCCACCUGCCAGGCAUCAGGAGACCCACACUACACUUCUUUUGACGGCCGACGCUAUGACUUCAUGGGUACUUGCGUGUACGUGCUGGCUCGGACCUGUGGGGCCCAGCCUGGCCUGGACCAGUUUGCUGUCCUUCAGGAGAACGUGGCCUGGGGUAACGGGAAAGUCAGUGUGACCAAGGUGAUCACUGUCCAGGUGGCUAACUUCACCCUGCGGCUGGAGCAACACCAGUGGAAGGUCACGGUGAACGGUGUGGACAUGAAGCUGCCCGUGGUGCUGGCCGAGGGCCGGGUCCGGGCCUUCCAGCAUGGCUCGGACGUCGUGGUUGAGACUGACUUUGGCCUACGUGUGACCUACGACCUCAUGUACUAUGUGCGGGUCACCGUCCCAGGCAACUACCACCAGCAGCUGUGUGGCCUCUGUGGGAACUACAAUGGGGACCCCAAGGAUGACUUCCAGAAGCCUGACGGGUCACAGGCAGGCAACCCCAACGAUUUUGCCAACUCCUGGGAGGAGGCGGUGCCCGGCUCCCCCUGCUUGCCACCCACCUGCCCCCCUGGUGAGGACUGCAACCCUGAGUGCACACCCGAGCUGGAGCAAAAGUACCAGCAGGAGGAGUUCUGUGGGCUCCUCACCAGCCCCACGGGGCCGCUGGCCGCCUGCCACAAGCUGCUGGAGCCCCAGGGCCCUCUGCAGGAGUGUGUCUUCGACCUCUGCCUGGGCAAAGGCAACCACAGCAUCCUCUGUAGCAGUAUCCACGCCUACGUGAGUGCCUGCCAGCUCUGUGAAGGAAGGCACCCUGAUGGCCAUGCCCUGUUUCCACAGCCAGAGCAGACGGUGCUCAUUGACAACUGCCGGCAGCAGUGCGUGUGCCAUGCGGGUAAAGGUCUGUUGUGCCAGGACCACAGCUGCAGGCCUGAGCAGGUGUGCCUGCCCUCGGAAGGCGUCCUGAGCUGUAUCACCAAAGGUGCUGGGCUAGGGCUGGGGCAUCUGGGAACAGAUUCUGGAGCCGAGAGACUCAGGGAGGUGCUGGGGACCAGCUGGUCUUAUUCUGAGAAGUCCCUCAAGAUCCUCUCUCUUCUGCCCCCAGACCCGUGCCAUGGAGUGACAUGUCGGCCACAGGAGACAUGCCGGGAGCAGGGUGGCCAGGGUGUGUGCGUGCCCAACUACGAGGCCACAUGCUGGCUGUGGGGUGACCCACACUACCACUCCUUCGAUGGCCGGGACUUCGACUUCCAGGGCACCUGCAGCUACGUGCUGGCAGCAGUUGGCUGCCCGGGUGUCAAUGCCCAGGGCCUGACACCCUUCUCCGUCAUUACCAAGAAUGAGAACCGAGGCAAUCCUGCUGUAUCCUACGUGAGGCUCGUCACUGUGACCGCCCUCGGCACCAAUAUCUCCAUCCACAAGGGUGAAAUUGGCAAAGUCCGGGUGAACGGUGUGCUGACAGCACUGCCUGUCUCAGCAGCCGGCGGCCGGCUGACAGUGACCCACGGUGCAUCCAAGGCCGUGCUGGUGGCAGACUUCGGGCUGCGGGUCACCUAUGACUGGGACUGGCGGGUGGAGGUGACCCUGCCCAGCAGCUAUCAUGGCGCGGUGUGUGGGCUGUGUGGGAACAUGGAUAGAAAUCCCAACAACGACCAAGUCUUCCCCAACGGCACACUGGCUCCCUCCAUCCCCGUCUGGGGCGGCAGCUGGAGAGCCCCGGGCUGGGACCCACUGUGCUGGGAUGAAUGUCAGGGGUCCUGCCCAACGUGUCCCGAGGACCGGCUGGAGGAGUUCGGGGGCCCUGGCUUCUGCGGACUCUUGGCCCCUGGCACGGGUGGUCCCUUCGCCACUUGCCAUGCCCAUGUGCCACCCGAUAGCUUUUUCAAGGGCUGCGUCUUGGAUGUCUGCCUGGGCGGUGGGGCCCACGACAUACUUUGCCAGGCACUGGCUGCCUACGCUGCCGCCUGCCAGGCAGCCGGGAUCACCAUCCAAGACUGGCGGGAGCAGGCUGACUGCGCCAUCCCCUGUCCUGACAACAGCCACUACGAGCUCUGUGGCCCACCCUGCCCAGCCAGCUGCCCGUCCCCUGCGCCCCCUACAACGCCAGACCCAUGUACAGGUCCUUGCGCUGAAGGCUGCCAGUGCGAUGCGGGCUUCGUGUUGAGCGUUGACCGCUGUGUGCCCCUGGAUGGGGGCUGCGGCUGCUGGGCCAACGGCACCUACCACGAAGCAGGCAGCGAGUUCUGGGCCGACGGCACCUGCUCCCGGCGGUGCCGCUGUGGGCCUGCGGGUGGCUCUCUGGUCUGCACAGCUGCCAGCUGUGGGCUGGGUGAAGAGUGUGCCCUUCUGCCCUCGGGCCAGCACGGCUGUCACCCCAUCAGCACAGCUGAGUGCCAGGCGUGGGGUGAUCCCCAUUACAUCACCCUGGAUGGGAAGCGAUUUGACUUCCAGGGGGCCUGCGAGUACCUACUGAGCGCGCCCUGCCAGACGCCACCCAAGGGGGCUGAGAACUUCACUGUCACUGUAACCAAUGAGCACCGAGGCAGCCAGGUGGUCAGCUACACCCGCAGUGUCACCCUGCACAUCUACGACCACAGCCUGACCCUCAGCGCCCAGUGGCCGCGGCAGCUGCAGGUGGACGGCAAGCUCGUGGCACUGCCCUUCCAGCUGGAUUCGCGCCUGCGCGCUUACCUGAGCGGCGCAGACGUAGUAGUGACCACCGCCACCGGGAUCUCGCUGGCUUUCGACGGGAACAGCUUCGUGCGCCUGCGUGUGCCAGCGGCGUACGCGGGCGCCCUCUGUGGCUUGUGCGGGAACUACAACCGGGACCCUGCAGACGACCUGCAGGCUGUGGACGGGAAUCCCGGAGGCUGGCAAGUGGGCGGCGCCGCGGGCUGCGGAGAGUGCGUGCCUGGGCCGUGCCCGCCACUGUGUACGCCAGAGCAGCAGGCUGCCUUCGGCGGCCCGGACGCCUGCGGCGUGAUCUCGGCGCCGGAAGGCCCUCUGGCGCCCUGCCACAACCUUGUGCCGCCCACGCAGUACUUCCAGGCCUGCCUGCUGGACGCCUGCCAGGCUGAGGGCCACCCGGGAAGCCUCUGCCCUGCCGUGGCCGCCUACGUGGCAGCCUGCCAGGCCGCUGGGGCCCAGCUGGGCGAGUGGAGGCGGCCGGACUUCUGCCCCCUCCAGUGCCCUGCCCACAGCCACUAUGAGCUCUGUGGUAAUUCCUGCCCGGUGAGCUGCCCAAGCCUCUCGGCGCCAGAGGGCUGUGAGCCAGCCUGCCGUGAGGGUUGUGUCUGCGAUGCUGGCUUUGUGCUCAGUGGGGACACAUGUGUCCCUGUGGGCCAGUGUGGCUGCCUCCAUGAAGGCCACUACUACCCGCUGGGUGAGGCCUUCUACCCAGGGCCUGAGUGCGAGCGGCGCUGUGAGUGUGGGCCAGGCGGCCUGGUCCACUGCGAUGAGGGUACAGCGUGCCGGCCCUACGAGGAGUGCCGGUUAGAGAACGGCGUGCAGGCCUGUCAUGCUACGGGCUGUGGGCGCUGCCUGGCCAGCGGGGGCAUCCAUUACAUCACCCUUGAUGGGCGUGUCUAUGACCUGCAUGGCUCCUGCUCCUAUGUGUUGGCCCGAGUCUGCCGUCCACAGUCUGGGGACGAGGACUUCGCCAUUGUGCUGGAGAAAGAUGCAGCCGGAGACCCCCAACGCCUGCUGGUCACUGUGGCUGGCCAUGUUGUGAGCCUGGCUCGGGGUCUGCAGGUCUUCGUGGACGGCGAAGCUGUGACCCUGCCUGUGGCUGUGGGCCCCGUUCGGGUGACUGCUGAAGGACGCAACAUGGUUCUGCAGACGGCCAAAGGGCUGCGCCUGCUCUUUGAUGGCGACGCCCACGUCCUUAUGUCCAUCCCAAGCCCCUUCCGCGGCCGGCUCUGUGGCCUCUGUGGCAAUUUCAAUGGCAACUGGAGCGACGACUUUGUCCUGCCCAAUGGCAACGUGGCCCCCAGCGUGGAAGCCUUCGGAGCUGCAUGGCGGGCGCCUGGCUCCUCCCAGGGCUGUGGCGAGGGCUGUGGGCCCCACCGCUGCCCUGUGUGCUCUGCAGAGGAGACGGCACCGUAUGAAAGCACCAAGGCCUGCGGGCGUUUGCGGGACCCCCAUGGCCCAUUCGCAGGCUGCCACACAGCGCUGAGCCCCUCUGAGUACUUCCGCCAGUGUGUGUACGACCUGUGCGCCCAAAAGGGCGACAGUGCCUUCCUCUGCCGCAGCCUGGCGGCCUACACAGCAGCCUGCCAGGCGGCUGGCUUGGCCGUAAAGCCCUGGAGGACAGACAGCUUCUGCCCUCUCCAAUGCCCUGCCCACAGCCACUAUUCCAUCUGCAUGCGCUCCUGCCAGGGCUCCUGUGCGGCUCUCUCGGGCCUCACAGGCUGCACCACCCGUUGCUUCGAGGGCUGUGAGUGUGAUGACCGCUUCCUGCUCUCCCAGGGAGUUUGCAUCCCCACCAGAGACUGCGGCUGCACCCAUGGCGGCCGGUACCUGCCGGUGAACUCCUCCCUGCUCACUUCAGACUGCAGUGAGCGCUGUUCCUGCUCCCUAAGCACCGGCCUCACGUGCCAGGCAGCUGGCUGCCCUGCAGGCCGCGUCUGCGAGGUCCAGGCCGGGACCCGGAACUGCUGGACCCCCCGUGGCCUCUGCUUCUUCUCUGCAGACGCCAACCUCACCACCUUUGAUGGGGCCCGCAGAGCCGUCAGCUCUCCUGGCGUCUACGAGCUCUCUUCCCUCUGCCCAAGACGACGGCAGACUAGUCCUUGGUACCGAGUGGUUACUGACAUCAGGCCCUGCCACGGCAAGGCUGAAGCUGUGGGCUGGGCCCACAUCUUCUUCCGGGAUGGGCUGGUCACCGUGACUCGGAACCAGGGCGUGUGGGUGAAUGGUCUCCGAGUGGAUCUCCCAGCUGAGGUGUUAAAAUCUGUGUCUGUGAGUCAGAAACCUGAUGGCUCUGUGCUAGUCCAGCAGAAGGCAGGGGUCCAGGUGUGGCUUGGGACCAAUGGGCAGCUGGCUAUAAUGGUCAGCGAUGACCACACUGGAAUGCUGUGUGGGGCCUGUGGAAACUUUGAUGGGAACCAGACCAAUGAUGGGCAUGACUCCCAGGAGAAGAAGGUGAUGGAGACCUGGAGAGCGCAAGACUUCUCCCCCUGGUGA